AUGGUUCGAGGGAGUAGAAUUAUAGUUACGACUAGGGAUAAGCACUUCUUGAUAUCGCAUGCUGUAUUGUUUGAAAUGUGUGAGAGUAAAAUCUUGAAUAAAAGUGAAUCCCUUCAACUUUUUUGUAAAAAAGCAUUUAAAGAAGAUGCACCUAAAGAGGGUUAUGCUGGAGGUCUUCCUUUGGCUCUUGAAGUGUUGGGUUCUUUUCUUUGCGGAAGAAGGAUAUCUGAUUGGGAAGAUGCUUUGAUCAAAAUUAAACAAGUUCCAUAUAAUGAUAUCCUAAACAAACUUCGAAUAAGUUAUGACAUGUUAGAAGAUGAACACAAAACCAUAUUUCUAGACAUUGGCUGCUUUUUUAAGGGAUGGUACAAACAUAAAGUGAUACAAAUAUUAGAAAAUUGUGGCCUUCAUCCAACAGUUGGCAUAAAUGUUCUCAUAGAAAAAUCAUUAGUAACUUUUGCUGAAGGAGUUAUAUGGAUGCAUGAUAUGCUUGAAGAAAUGAGUAAAACCAUUGUUUUUCAAGAAUCCACUAAUGAUCCGGGUAGACGAAGUAGACUGUGGUCUCUAGAGGAUAUUGAUCAAGUGCUGAGAAAAAAUAAGGGAACUGAAAUUGUGCAAGGUAUAGUUUUGAAACCAUCGCCAUCUCCGCUGUAUAAAGUACAUUGGGACCCUGAGGCAUUCUCAAAGAUGGGUAAUCUUAGGUUACUCAUUAUAUUAUGUGAUCUGCAUCUUUCCCUUGGUUUGAAAUAUCUUUCUAGCUCACUAAAAGUGCUUAUAUGGUGGGGAUAUCCAUUGAAUGCUCUUCCACUUGGAGUUCAACUAGAUGAGCUUGUACAUUUACAAAUGAUCAACAGCAAAGUUAAACAUUUGUGGAGUGAAAAUGAGUAUUUUGGAAAGCUGAAAGUAAUUGAUUUGAGUAACUCCAAAGAUUUACGUCAAACUCCAAAUAUCUCUGGAAUUCCAAAUCUCGAAGAGUUGUAUCUUAAUGAUUGUCCAAAACUUGUUGAAGUACACCAAUCUAUCAGACGACACAGAAAACUCAUGAUAUUGAGCUUGAUGGGAUGCGUAGAUCUGAAAAACUCUCCAAAUAAAUUGGAAAUGUUUUCCUUGAAAAUGCUACUUCUCUCCGACUGCUCAAGAAUUGAAAGACUUCCUGAUUUUGGAGAAAAUAUGACAAGUAUUACAGAUGUUAACCUAAUGAACUGCAAGAAUCUUCUAUGCCUUCCAAACAGCAUCAGUAACCUGAAAACUCUCUCAACAUUUCAAGAUGUUCAAAAAUCCGUACCAUGCCCGAUGCUGCCUUUUGGCAAGAAAUUCAGGUUUUUCCCAGCUCACACAACAGGCUUAACAUUGCCCCGUUUUGUAUCAAGCCUUUCCUCAUUAACUGUAUUAGAUUUAAGCCAUUGUAAUCUCACUGAUGAUUCAAUUCCUAGUGAUAUUGAUUGCUUAUCAUCAUUGGAGAGUCUGAUCCUAAGUGGAAACAAUUUUGUAUGCCUACCUACUCACUACCUUGCUAAUCUUUCAAAGCUUCAUUAUCUUGAAUUGAAAGAUUGCCUACAGCUCCAAUCUUUACCAGUGCUUCCACCUCAUGUACACUUGUAUGGAACAGAUUCAGAUGUAAGGGAAGCUGGUACAUUAUAUCCACAAAAGAUAUGGAAGCUGUUUGAAUCAAGUGACAAAGAAAUCAAGAGAAUUUAG